AUGGCUCGCGAUGGUGAUGAGCCGCCUUGCAAAAGGCAACGAAUGGAUAAUGUUUGGGAAAUAAGUAACACUGUCCCAUCGCAAGAAGUGCUUGGAUUGGAAGUAGAUCAAGAUGAAGGAAUAGCAUUAGAUACAAUCAUUUCAUCAUGGCGAAACAAAAGCGAACUAACCGCACACAUGUUGGCGUGUUACAAGGAAUUCCGUCGUGUGAAUCCUGGCGAUGACACUCGAUUGAAAGCCAAGUGUAAACUAUGCGAUGACGAUUCACCGUUUAAGUUUUUCCACAAGGGCAAUAAUUCGAAUUUGAAGUCUCAUUUGAGCAAGAUGCAUCCGUCACAUUUCAAACAAAUUGUAGCUGUGUCCGAGGAGGAAAAGAAUGAGAAAGUGUUUGAACGCAAUGACAAGUCCAAUCCAUUGUCACGCUCACUCAUUGAGUGUGCAAUUUUAAACUUCCUCAUUAAGGAAAGACUCCCCAUCUCAAAAUCAAAUAGCAUCCACUUGACCAAACUUAUUGACGUUUGUGUGGGUCGACAGCGAAAGUCGGCGACGUUCAAGUCGAAGCCAUUUCUGACCGCCAGAAGAGGGCGAAACAAAAUCACGGCACUUGCCAACAAGCAUCGCGCUGAUCUGAUCGAAACAUUCAAAUCGGUUGACUAUUUUAGCGCAACGUCGGACAUGUGGACUCGCUCUAAUCGUUCUUUUAUUGCGGUUAGCGUUCACUAUUUCGAUCCCGUGACGCUUGAAUUGAAAACAGCAUUCAUUGCGUGCGAAAGUUUCGAGGGAAAUCACACGAACGACCGAGUAGCCCAAAAGUUGCAUUCAAUAUUCGAUCGGUUCGGGAUUUUGGAAAAAGUUUUCUUUAUUACGACGGAUGGCGCUGGUGAAUAUGCCGCGGCCUUACGAAAUUAUGGUGACAAUUACCGUUCAAUUCAAUUUUUAACCGAAGACCAAGAUGUGGACUGGCUAAUCGGUUGCGGCGCGUCUGACGGUGUUGAUACGGCAAGUGUAAUCACAAAUGCUUCGAUUGCUAGUACUUCUAGUGCUGCCACUGGUAGUGGUGCUUCUUCGGCCAGAAAUACGGACGCACACGAAACAUCUGGCACACGCACAGCAGCAGCAGCUGAGGUUGAUUCCGAUGACGACGAUGUCGAUGUUGAUAUCGAUGACGAUAUGGACUUUGAUGAACACGCAAUAGUUCGUAUUGCAAGCGAAACUGCAUCACCGUCAACAGCACUACCAUCAUCGAAUGAUGAUCGAUUUGUUGUCCAUGAUCUAUUUGAUGAUGAAGAAGAAGAACCGCCAUUGCUUCGCAAAAUGAAUCGAAUCGCCUGUUCAAGUCACAAUUUAUGA